AUGUCGCAUAGAGAAUGUGAAAUGAACUAUAUUCAAGAAUCAUCCGCACAAUUUUCUGAAAGCGAAGAGUACUUAAAUUUGGAGACUUGUUUGGAUGAACUCAAAGCAAGAAUUUCGGAAGCAAUGAACAAAAUAAAAGAAAAUACGUUACAAGUUGAAAAUGCUUAUAGAUCUGCUAUGAGUGCAGUAAAGGAAAUGAAAAAGAAAAUAAUAGAUUGUCUUAAAAAAUUUGAACAUGAGCUGGAAGUUGAUGCAAUGGCUUACAAAAAAACAAAUGAGAAUAAAAUGAUUGAAUUGAACUCGGGAUUGGAUGACCUUCAGACGGACACACUAGAAACUGACAUUUUGAUAAGCAAGCUGAAAAGGGAGAAGAAAUACAACUCACUCUUCGUUGAAGGAAAACGUGCAGCGAAACGUAUUUUAGAUUACCAUGAAAGAAUAUACGAAAUUUCGACAAGAAAUUGUAUCAAGGAAAUGAUAUACAUUCCAACAACUGAAUUGGAUAACAUCCUUACAAGAGAAAACAUGUUUGGGACUUUAGUAGAGCUGGACAAUGAAUUAGGACCCUACAGUGCUACAGAAUAUUUGGAAAGUAGCGAGCUUUGUCAAAUAAAUAUCAAGUCAGAAAUCGACAAGAAAACGUGUUAUGCUACAGGCCUUGCAUUCUUAUCGACUGAACAGCUGGCUGUUGCUGACAAAGCAAACAAAAAUGUGAAAAUAGUAGAUGUUAGCUACGACAAAAUAAUUUCUGAAAUCACGUUAUCCUCGUGUCCGCGCGAUGUUACGGUCAUCCCACCCGACCAGCUUGUCGUGACACUUAGAGAGGAAGAAAAGAUACAGCUGUUAUCAACAGCUAAUGGUUUAAAGAAAACAGAACAAAUUACGACAGUCGGAAACUGCCGGGGUAUUAAGUAUGACGACGGAAAGUUAAUAGUAGUAUAUGACGGGAAACGUCGGGCGAAAAUUGAAAUAUUAAGCCUGAAGGGAGAAGUUCUGUACAAAUUUCAGUCCAAUGAAUCAGGAACAGCAUUAGUCAAUGAACCAAAAUGUAUAGGUUUGAGUCCAGACCACAAUCAGAUGUAUGUGACUGACUUUUCCAAGAUGUGUAUUUUUCGUCUUUCAAAAUUGGGGAAUGUCCAGGGCACAUUCGGGCGGCAUAUGUUUAUGGGUGUCGCUGUAAGCACAGGUGGCUCUGUGUAUGCCUGUUCAAAAUCUGGUAGUACGGUUUACCAGUUGUCUGAUGACCUGUCAAAAGUUCAGAAGGUUUUGACCACGGCAGAUGGUAUAAAAGAACCAACAGCUCUGGCAGUUUCAAAUGCAAGGAAUAUGUUGUACGUGAGCUGCGGAAAUACUGAUGCCAAUGUCUCCAACAAACUUCAUGUGUUCAAGAUCAAACUCGAAACAGAUGCACUAUCUUUACGAUCUGAACGGCUGUGA